AUUUAAAGUGACAGCUUUUUUCUUCCUUCAAAAAAACCUCGGAUAUACGUGCACUAACAAGCAUUAGUCACACCUGUAGGAUGCUUUAUUACCUACGUUUCUUCUCUAUUGCACUAAGUCCAGCCUGAUACGUAUCUUGUCAAGCUAACAGAUGGGGAAUUUGAGUCUGACACAAGGAUAGUGUAUUCACAAGAGUGGCUGGAGAGGAUGCUGCUCUUUGCCAAGGCGAGGAACAAUGGGACACAGAGAGCCCCAGUGACUCAAGACCUGGCCAGUUGCUGGAUAGUCAGAAGAAGAGAGAAAAUAUGUGCAUCGUCUGCACCGCUGACUUUGCAAGAUAGCAGUGGUAAAUAGUAACACAUUGUAAAUCUCUCAGUACAUUUCAGGAACUCAACAGCCAAAAUAUUGAUAGUAACUUUGCAAGGGAAAAAUGAACUUCCUUUCAACCUUUGUGACAUUUGAGAACCUCCAUGAGGUUCGACGAUUGUGCCACUGGGGUCCAGUCAUAGCCCUGUCUGUCAUUGCUAUAUGCUCCACCAUGGCAAUUCUGGACUCCAUUAUUUGGUACUGGCCCCUAGACACUACAGGGGGCAGCAUUAACUUCCUCAUGCUCAUCAACUGGACUGUCCUCAUCCUCUACAACUACUUCAAUGCGAUGUUUGUUGGACCUGGAUACAUUCCUCUUGGCUGGAAACCAGAGAAACAACAGGACACCCAGUACCUGCAGUACUGCAGAGUGUGCCAAGGGUUCAAGGCCCCCAGAUCCCACCAUUGUCGCAAGUGUAACAGGUGCGUGAUGAAGAUGGACCACCACUGCCCCUGGAUCAACAACUGCUGUGGCCAUCAGAACCAUGCGUACUUCACCAGCUUCCUGCUGUUAGCUCCUCUGGGCUGCUCACAUGCCGCCAUCAUCUUCAUCAUGACCAUGUACACGCAGCUUUAUGAAAGGAUCUCAUUUGGCUGGAGCAUUGUGAAGAUUGACAUGAGUGCUGCACGUCAAUUCCAGCCUCUCAUGCCUUUCAGUGUACCUGCCUUUGCUGCCACACUCUUUGCCUUAGGUUUGGCACUGGGCACCACUAUUGCUGUUGGCAUGCUUUUCUUCAUACAGAUGAAAGUCAUCCUUCGAAACAAGACCUCGAUCGAGUCCUGGAUCGAGGAAAAGGCCAAAGACAGAAUACAGCACUACCAAACAGGGGAGGAGUUCAUCUUUCCCUAUGACCUCGGCACCCGCUGGCUCAACCUCAAGCAAGUCUUCACAUGGUCAGGGACGCCCAAGGGUGAUGGCAUUGAGUGGCCAGUCCAUUCCAAGUGUCACCAGCACACCUUAACAAUAGAGCAACUGAAGCAGAAGGCUGAUAAACGAGUGAGAAGUCAGGUCCAGUAUCGGGCAGUGGAGGACUACAAUGGAGCUUGCUGCCCUCUUAGCAAGGGUCUCCAAACCUUUUUCAGAACCCCCUGCACCGAGGAACCCAGGAUCGCCCUCUGCAAGGGAGACACCAUCCUGGCCACCCGUGGCACCAAAUGGUGGAUGUAUGGAGACAAAGUUAUUAACGAAGAGCAAAUGAGAGCGGGAGAGCGCAUAAGAGGAUGGUUUCCAAGGCGAUGUGUGGAGAAGUGCCAUUAUGACACAGCUGCCAGUGAUAGCACCAGCGAUAAGAAAGUAAAUUAAUGUAUUUCAACACGCUUUAUGUAAAGUAGGGGAGUUAAACUGAACAAAAGGUGUCUGUCCAUGUUCAUCAACGUACAUACACUAAAGAUGUCAUGCCUGAUGCUGCAGGCCCAAUUUCAUACUUUGAUUAAAAAUUUUCACGCCUUUUUGAAUUUUUUAAGGCACCACAAGUCAUUAACCUUACUGAGCACUUUUCUUUCAAACAACGUCUUGAAGAGGAAUACAGAAUUCCUCGCAUCACGUCGUUCAUGAGAGGGACUGUUCCCAUAGGUUUGGUUUGACUCCUCUGACCAAAACUGAAACCCAACAAGAGUCUUAAUUUUCAAGAAUGGCCACCAGGCUUUCACGUGACUUCAUUGUGACUUUUUACUUGAAUCUGUUGUUUUUACUUGUGUUGAUGUCCUUUUUUUGCUAAUUAUGCAAUGCCUCUGCCCAGCUAACUCCAGGGCUUCGUCAUGCAACUCUUUCUACAGUAUGGAGAUAACCGUUAAUUUCUUUUUAUUAUUUUUGUAAAAACAAAUUGUUGGCCUCAAAGUAUAAAUUGAAAAAUAAAAAAAUGUUCUGC